UGGACCGACUGACUGUACAUUCCUCAUAUUCCUGGGGCUCGAUAGCGAAGGAACGCGGCGACGGAACGACCAGGGCCGAAAACACGACGGAUUUCCACACCUCAUGACACUUUCCAAGGGCACGUAAGGUCCAUGUUGGGUCGCGGCGUGAAGCGAAAGCGGAGCUGCUUGGAGGAGCUGGAGGCUGAGGUGGUCCCCGGUGCAGUGACGGAGGAAAGGGAGCAGAAUGGGGAGGAGGACAGGGAGGAGGAGGGCGAGCUCCUUGCGGGUCCGUCCAGGUCCGAAAUGAACUACCUGCAGCAGCGUCAGGUGGUGCUCGGCCUCUGCCUGGAGAAGCUCCAGCGCUACCAGGCCGGGAUGGAGCUCAGCCUCCGUCGCUCCGUGCUUCUCAUCAACACGCUCAGGCAGAUCCAGGAGGACAUGCGGAGCGACGGGGCUGGAGCCUGCAGCCCGGACGUGCUCCUCAAUGGCGUCCACCCUGACUCCUGUCUUCUCAGGGAUGACUUCAGGGAGGACAUGCCGGUUACAUGCCCCGGGUGUGCAGAGGGCGACGGGGACAGCCUGUCUCUGUCUCCGCCGCCGUCCCCUGAAUUCCCCUCUCAGGAGGCCAACAGCUCGCCUGACCAGCAGAAAUCGCCGCCCGCGAUCAACGCUUUCAGUGAUGCAGUAAAUGCCAUGGGCUACCUCAGCGACCUCGCCCUGGACGACAUCUUUGAGGACAUUGACACAUCGAUGUACGAGACUUCGGAUCUGCCUUCCGCCUGGGGGUCGGGCCCUUUGUGGCCCGUCAGCGUGUCGCUCUGGGCGGAUGAGGAUGUGAAAAUGCGCCCUCCCGGCCACGGCUCACCUGGGAGCCUUCAGUCGUGUCUAAUGGACCUCAACGAGCUGGACCACAUCAUGGAGAUUCUGGUGAAGUCCUGAUCACCAAGACAAACCCGCGAACAUCUACUACACUUGGUUAAUCGAGGAUUUGGAAUCUGAAAGCAGCUACUUUGACUGAGGGCGUUGGCAGCAGAGACGGGGGACACAGACUGAUUAGAGGGUCGAUGAACUUUACCGUGACCUUGGAUAUUUUAAGGCUCCAUCUGACAUUUUGGUUGAAAAUCGGUUUUAAACUUCGGCCAGUUUGAGGAUAAAACAGGAAUUCUUAUGCACGUACAGUACCUGAUUCAUGAGGAACCAUCCAGCGCCUCGAGUUAUGUACCUGAGCUGGUGCCUCGAAUUAGACAUGAAAUAUUUAUUUGUGUUAUAUGAAGAAUCCAGUUUGAAAUGUCUCAUGAUAUUAGGAAAACCUCCACUUUAAAACGCCGCCGCACUGUUUUUCACUCCAGGGUUUAACUGACCACACAUACUGUAGGUGAUGUAAAAGCACAACGAGAUACUUCCAACAAACUACUUUCUGACAUUUUAUAGACCGACCGAUGAAUCAGUUAUUCAAGAAAUUAACUGGCAGAUUUUUUGGUUGCGGCUUCACGGCGAUCAGAUGUACAACAGGCAGCGAGGCAGAUUGUGGAAGCAGAUCGGGGAAAACCAGCGGAAAACCAGGUUGUCUCUUGAGUUAUCGGUUAAUACUCGGCAGUGACAGUGGAUAGGCCAUGUCUAUACAAAAUCGGUACACCAGAAGAUUAUUGCAACACCUGUGAGCCAAGUGUUGUAAUGGGGACGGGACUGGACAUCACAACCUGAUGUCAUGUAACAGUGUAAAGAGUGUCAAAGGUGGAUUUUCCUGAAUUCAGUAAAACUGGUAAUGCAGCUGGAACCUUAAAUUUUCUCAAGUGUUUAAGCCACUCUCCGCUCUCGUUCUUAUCAAGCGGCAGCGACGGCAGCUCUCUGACUGAAUCCACUGCUCGGGAACAAGGAACCUGAGCUGCGUCACUCAGCCUGUUCAAUCAGACCUGGGUUGAUUAUUUAUUAAUUGAAAUCCCUUCAAUUACUCGAGAAGGGGUGCCUCAGCCAGUCCGGGGGGGGGGCAAAGGCCUGGGUUUCCGCUCAGCGUUGUGGCUGAAUGGCUUUUAUCGCACCACAUACGGAUCU